ACCCAGACCGAGAAUCACUGGGUCACUGAAAAGAACAAGCCAGUCCGCAUGGUCUUUCUGGAUCUGGAGAAGGCUUUCGACUGCGUUCCCCAUGACCUCAUCUGGGCCUCCCUCCGACGUCACCACGUACCCGAAACCUACAUCAGCUGGGUGCAACUCUUAUACCAAGACGUCAGGAGCGUGGUUCGAUGCACAGCUGGGAUAUCACCUCCUUUUAACAUCAAUGUAGGAGUCCACCAAGGAUCGGCUCUUUCGCCCUUGCUUUUCAUCACAUGCAUGGACACAGUGACACAGGACCUCCAGACGCCCCAUCCAUGGUCCUUACUCUAUGCUGAUGAUGUGUUCCUUGCCGACAGGGAGCGGCAAGACCUCCAAGACCAAGGGCAGCAGUGGAAAGAUCGCCUGGAUGCAAAUGGCUUGCGACUCAACCUCACAAAGACGGAGUACCUAGAGUGUGGCCCCCAGACUGAUGGUAGCAUUUGCAUCGACGGAACGGAUUUAAAGAAAGUUCAACACUUUAAGUAUCUCGGAUCAAUACUCUCAUCGAACGGUGACACCCUCCCAGAUGUCUAUAAGAUCAUUGUACGCCCUGUAGCCCUGUAUGGAGCUGAAUGUUGGCCAGCGACUGCCAAACAUGGCCAGCUUCUACACGCCAUGGAAAUGCGUAUGCUCCUCUGGUCACUCGGGCUGACAAGGCUAGACCACGUCAUGAACAUCGACGUCAGGAAGCGGAUGGGAAUAGCGCCGAUUAAGGAGAAGAUGCUUGAGGCUCGUCUUCGCUGGUACGGCCAUGUAACACGCAGCCAUGAGAAUUCAGUGGCGAAGACAGCUAUGCACCUUGACCCACCCGGUAACCGGCCACGUGGCCGCCCAAAGAUGAGAUGGAUGGACCGGAUCAAGCAAGAUAUGAAGGACGUGCAAGUCGCCCCAGAGGACACUACUGACCGGAAUAAAUGGAGAGCGGCCUGCCAAAAAGCGGACCCUGCACCUGCGCGGGACAAACGCUAG